AUGUCUCUCCCUAAAACGCCUUCCACUUUGCUUAACGGCGCGUCAACGCCUGAAGGCAAAAAAUUAAAAGUAUCUGCUUCCAAGGAAGAGACAAGAGGACUUCCUGAACUGAGAGAGAAAAAUAAUAUGGUGGAUCAUUCAAAACCCCUUCCUCCUUCCCUCCAGAAUGAAUUCAUACCUCAGGAAAUUCUUCUUUCUCUGACCUCUGCAGCCAAUGCUGGUGCUUGUCCUGAAAACUUACUGCCUCCUAUGAAAAGUAAAACUCCAAAGGGUAGCCUUCUGCGCCCUGUAGACCAUGUCUGGCAUCACCCUGUUCGAAGGAACAAGUUCAAAUACCUGAUUGACCAUCCCGUCUCCCUAACAGGAGCUGGAAGGGAUAUUUCAUUUCUGUAUGAUAUUAAAUAUGUAAAAGGAGAGGUUAGGGAGAAUACAGUUUGUCCCCCACGUAAGGACCGUUCAUUACAGAAGAUGGUUCAGACACAAGAUGGUGUCAUCAUACCUCAUAAGCCUAAGAGAUUAGCAGAUACUUUGAUUCCUGAAGAAUUUCAUAUUGUGUCAAAUACAGGAGUUUCAGGUUUGGAGUGUUAUGAUGACAAAUAUACAACUCUGCUCACAGAUAGUGAAAACAGGCUAUUGCUCUUCCCAUCCAUGAAACCUAAUAAAAGAGUAGAAGUGGUCCAACUGAAUGAUGUGAUGGAUACUAUGCUAGAGAGGGCUGGUGUGGAAAAUGAAGAAUAUACAGGGCCAACCCAGAUGCACAAACUACUACAUAUGUUGAAGAAGGAACAGACCAUUUACAAUACAGUAUUUCAUGAACUUAUUCGACAAGUCAGUGUGGACUGUGCAGAUAGAGGAGAAUUACUUUCCAAAAUCAGAGAGAGGUAUGUACAAAUGCUUGACCACAUUGCACGGCAGAUGAUUGAAUUCUACAAAGAUUUAGUGACUCAGCGAGUGAUGGACCAGCGCAUUUUAGAAGAAUUGUACAAUUUCAAGAAUGUUAUUGAGGAACUGACCAGGGAACUAUGUCUGGUUAGGCAACAUGAUGUAAAAUUAACAAAGGAAGCAGAGAAGGCCCAUAAAGAUUUGGCACAAGCUCUUUUAGAUGCUGAAAAGAAUGCCAGAAUUGUAGAAGAAUAUCAUGAUUUAUAUACAUUGCAAAGAGGAAGAAUGGAGAGUGAUAUUAAACAGUUAAUGAGAGAAAGAGAUAUCUGGAGUUCAGCCACAUAUGAAUUGGCUCUAAAGGUAAUCGUAAGAAAUAAAGUUGUAUUGGCUAAAAGACUUUACCUCAAUGAAAAAGGCUGGAAUAGAUACACUAAGCAUUUCAUCAUACUGCUGUCAACUAAGGAUACUGCAGACCUUGCACUGUUACAGAAGUUGACACAGAAAUGGAGAAACUUAAUGAAUAAAUUUAAAGAGGAUGUGGAACUAAAUGAAGAGUCCACAAGGGAGAAAUUGCAAACUGUUAUGAAUGGCCUUAUCAAAUGGGAGGAGUUCCUCAAAAAUAAUAUGUGGGUCUCAAUAAAUCUUGGAGAUAUAUUGGAUUCAGUUCAUCAAGACUUUAAGCAAUGGGUAAAGAUGCUGAAUGAUGAUAAAGAAAAGUUUACUGGGGAUAGUCUACUGGCAAAAUAUGACUCUCUCAAGAUUAUUAAAUAUUUACAAGAAAACUGGACAGAUCUUGGACUUGGGAUAUUUGCUCGCCAUAAAAAUAUGGAGGGGAAAAUGCCACCAGAGCGCCUCUACAUGGAGGACAUUAACAAAACCAUAAGAAAACUCUACAAAGAAUAUGAAGUAAGAAUAAAUGGUGACAAUGGUAUCUCUAAAAUUCUCCCAAAUGUGAUAAAUUCUCUUGACUUCUGGUCUUUCAAGAUGGAAAACCUCAUGGAGUUUACUGAAAUUCCUCUGGAAGAAUGGGAGGGAUUUGACAAAAAAAUUGAUGAAAUGAAAUCUCAGUUGGAUACAUUGUUAAACAUUAUUGUACCACAGCAAAUGGAGAUGGAUUCAGGCUCGGUACUCCAAACACAGAUAUUUAACAUGAUUCAACAAUGGCUUUUGAAGAUAGGCAAUGAAAUUGACAAUGGUAACAUUGAACUUCAGCAUCAUAUGGAUGAAUUGCAUAUAACUAUGAUCCAGUGGAUGGUAAAUUUGCUGAUUUUAAUGGUACCUGACUGUACUGAUGAAGACACUCUCCCAUUGUCUGAGGAGAAAAGUGCUGAGACACGUGAUAUAAAUAUUGCAAAGUUAGAGCUAGAUGUAGUUGCACUGGCAAGAAAGUUGGCUCAAUACUCCAGCUAUUUGACCAGCUGUUGCAGAGGAAUAGUAGCAGCCAUGGCUCUGAGUAAAGCUCAGUUAGAAAAAAAACCUACUUCAGAACUUCAAGAGCUGGAUAAUAUGAAGAGAGAAUGUUAUGAUUGGAUCAAUACAUGCGGUCUUCUCCUCUCCGAACUCAAAGGCAGAAAAGUAGUGUUAUUGCAGCCCCAUGAGGUAGAACAACUAUUUGGAGAUGAGCUCUAAUUAUAAUAUUGCUUUAUCUCACAGUACAUUGAGCCUGAAUUAGACAAACCUUUUAAAGAAGAUGGAGAAAGGCAGGAAAUAAAGGAAAAAGAGAAAAUAGAAGAGAAACCCAAGGAGAGGUCUCCAUAAAAACCUUCAACAUCUACAGAGAGUGAACCACUCAUUCGAGCCAUUGGAAUAGAUGAAAAUGUUCAUACCAAAGCUCUGUUUGGAAAAGAUAUAUUGACUACCUGGAGAGAAGCAGCUAAUCGGGGUAUACCGACCCAAAAGAAUAAAUAUCUGGAGGCAAUGGCUGUAAUUGAACAUAUGCAAGAGAAGAUACUGGAGAUUGAAAGCAGAGCUAGACAGGCAGAAGAGAAGUUUGAUGAGGUAAAUGAGAAAUUUCAUUUUACUCUUAUAAAAAAUAAAGAUCUGGAGAAGGAACUAGAAGACAUGAAGUCCAAAAAGAAGGAGUCUGAAGAAAGAGAGAGGAAAAAAAAUGAAGAACACAAACACGAAGAAGACAAAGAA